AUGGAAAGCAUCCAAAAUUCCGCAGACUUAAUCCAAGUCAAAAAGAAAGCCGGCCCAGGAAGUGGCGCAUCCUCAAUCCGCUCUGGAAAGUCCAUCUACAAGCACAAAGGUCCAAGCUCCUCCUCGCAUUCCGCCACUUCAGCACUAGUCCGUGACAUAAUUUCUCACAUUCCUGACAAAGAAAAGCCUCAAGCUGAGCGUUUGACGCAGAAAAUCAAAGAAAUCAAGGAGCAUCAACAAAUAGAGCAGUCUGGCAUGAUUUUUAAUGAGCUGAUAAUCCCUUAUAACCGAACCAAAUAUUUUGACUCCUUAGACGCUAUGUCUAUUAUACAGGUCGAAGAAAUGAGGCAUAAGCAGCUUACUAAGGUCACUUCUCAGCUAUUUCAAAGCACGUUUGGUCAGCAGCAAAAAGAUGGGAUUGUGAAAACUGAAGCGAUUUCUAAGUUCCAAACAAGGAUAAAUCAGCUGGUAAUUGCGUAUAGGACCAUGAAAAAGAUGUAUUUUCCUAAUGAUCUGUAUAGAAUAAUUCAUGUGAAAGAAUGGACUGAUUUUGAAAAAGAAGCUGUUUUUAUGCUAGAUUCAGCAUUUCUAGAUUCAAGGAUUUUCGUUGCUAAAUAUAUUGAGAGGCUAGCUUAUAAAGAACUGUUAGGUGUAAAAACUCAGCUGCCAGAAAGCUUGUCAGGGGUAUUACUAAACAAACUAGCCGAACAAGCUGGAGGCGAAUAUCUCGGACUAAUCCAAUGUAAAGUAAUAGAAGCCAUAAUGUCCCUCGCCAGAAUCCAGCGAUACAGAAGCCAAAUAUCUCCAGCCUUAGAAUUCAUAUUAAAACUCUACCGAGACGGCCUCAUCUUCAACUCAAACCUUCUCCCUUUUGCCCAGCUUUUUGCAGAACUUGCUCUCUAUGAAGAUAUGAACUGACAAGAACUCAAUCUCCUCGACCUCUAUUUAGAACUUAUGGAAACCCCAGUCAAAAACCUCCAAACCUCCUUCGCAAUAAUUGAGCGUAAAUGUCCUGACUUAAUAAAACUGUAUUCCUAUAAUGAAGAAGAAGAAAAAAAAGAAGAAUUAAAUGAAAGCAUCAGCUUGACUUCAGAAAAAAAUACUUUGUCAAGAAAAGUGAGUAGAAAAAAUAGCAUUGCAAGUAUGAGUUCUGUUAGAAGACUAAAUACAAGGUCAGCUUUAAUGAUGUCACAAAAAAGCUUGCUGAAAAAUUUUGAGCAAAAUGAUAGUUUGUUUAAGACACAAAGGCUACAGCAGCUUAGAAAAACUUUUAAUGAACUGGAAGCUAAGAGAAGCAAAGACAGAAUGAAAGAAUUUCAGAGCUUUGAUUUAGUUGACCCUGAGGCUAUUAUUAUCCAAGCUGCUAGAGGAUUAUCAAGACUUAUGCUUCCGAAUUAUUCAGCUUCGUUUUUAAAUAAUACAGGAAAUAUAAAAAAGGUGAUAUAUAAUGAAAUGCUGGAAAGAGGUCUAAUUACAAAAUUUUUAGAAAGCCCUUAUAUGACAAUUGAUCACUCUGAGGUAAAAAAAUGCUUAACAACCACUAUUGCUAUGUUUGUGCUACAAACUACCACUGAGUCAAAAUUCAAUGGCGAGCAUGUGAUUUUUUACCUAAAAAGGCUUGGAAUUUUAGACUAUGUUUCUAAAUGGUCAAAAGAUCCUGACCUAGUGGUCAGAGCCAAUUCUGCUUGGAUUUUCUGCGCAUUGUGUGUCCAUCAUUUAGUCCCUCCACUUGAGCUUACUAAGAUAGGUAUUAUAAGAGACAUGUUUGUAUUAUUUAUUAGCUUAUAUCUGGAGCAGCCUUAUGAAUUCCCAGCCCAAGAAGAAGGCGAAAAUAUCGCUGAAAAAAUCUUAAAAAUGUACGAUUAUGACCAUUUUCUUGAUAAUCUUAAUGGGAUUUUAAACAAAACAGGCAAAAUCCAACAUUUAAUUUUUGCGACCUUUAUUUUCUUAUCAAUUUAUGAUGACCCUAAUAUCAUUUCUGCCGUCCACAAAGCUAAUGAUGAAGAUGUCGACAAGCCAGUCGAAGAAAAUGCAUUGUGUGGACUAAUGGAGCUGCUGCAGCAGGACACAGAAAAAAUGAAGCUUUUUAUCAAAAUUUUAAUACAAUUUACUAUAUGUGACGACGAUUCUUUUCAGCAGAAUGGGAUUUGGUAUUUGAAACAUAUUAUUAUUAAUUCAAAGCUAAACCAGCUAGUAGAGUCACAUGCUGUAGACAUUUUGGAAGUGUUUAUAGCAGGGUCUGUAUGCGAAAGUGAGGUUAUUCAGCAGGAAUGCGUCAAUGUGCUGACUUAUUUGGCGAUUGAGAAAAAGGCGUAUCAGAAUAAAGAAGAUCCGCUGUUAGAUGCUCUGAUGUAUUUGACUGGGGUGCAGUUUAAGGUGAUUAGAGGGUUAGCUUAUAAUGGUCUUGCAGCGUUAGCGCUACAUGGAGCUUAUGCAGCGCCAAUUCUGCUUAAGCAGGCUAAUAUUCCUGAUUAUUUUAAUACAGUUACCAAAAAUCUCAAAAAAUUCCGACAGAUGUUCGUCGACAGCAACUAUAAAAGUGACACAGUUGCUGAAUAUUCCGGCAUAAACCUCCUCCUCAACCUCAGCAGAUCAGCCACCCUUUCCUACCAAACUCAGGUAAGUGAAAGAGUCCCUCUUAUCCUAGACACAAUUGCCGCCCAAAACCAGCUGUCCUCAGAAGAAAACAUGAAUGAAGUCGGCUGCUUGCAAACCAUCAGAGCCCUAAUGUGUAGCUCUUCAUUGACCAUAAAAGAAGACUGGGUUGUGCCAUUUAUUGAAAGAGUUGCUAGGGACAAGUCUUUUAGACUGUACCAAAUUUUGCUGAAUAAUAAGUUUGUGCCCUGGUGCUUAAGGCUGAUGCUAGAUUCACAAAAUAUCACAAAAGCACUGAAAACGGCGGAAUUGUUGAGGUUUGUGCUUUAUGAACUUUAUAAUGAAAUGACGCUGGAACAAGAAGAAACGAGCAUCAGGGAGCUGUUUAAGAGGCUGCUGAAGAAGUUUAUGUGGACUGAAGAGCCUGGAUUAGCUAAAUCAGUCCAUGAAAAGCUAGUAGAAUGCUGUUUAUUGAUUUUUGUAAGAGAAAAAAACAUUAUUUUAGCAGUCACCGAAGAAGUGAUGCAGCAAGUAAUUUUAACGCUUGAUACCUUUGACAAGCGAGACGCAGGCACCAGGCUCGCUUUAAGUAAGCAGCUUGCCUCAACUGCCAAUUUGCCACAAAUUCAAAAUUUAUUAUUAAAGCGUGUAAAACAGACCCUUAGUACAAUCCAAGCAUAUUUGACCUCUACAAGUUAUGAAGAAAGGUUCAAUGCGACUCGAUUAUUAGUAUUUUUAACAAGGUCGCCUGAUUUUAAUGUUUUAGCUUAUGAAGCAGGAAUGCUAUCAAAGCUAUGCAGUAUGAUUAAAAAUACUGAAGCCCAAGACGCCCAUUCCUUAGUUAUGAGUAUUGCUAAUUUAAUUGUUUAUUCGAGGUCAAAAGCUGUAAAAAGUGAAAGUGAAAUUUUUUUCAAUGACGGGCAUUUUCAAGAUUUAUUAAAAUUGACGAAGGAUAAUGAUUGCCACUCUCUUACUGAAGCAUUUUUAGACUUAAUUACAAAAUUACUAGUCGAAAAAGAAUUUUGUGAUAAACUUUUCAUGGAGAAAAAAGCUAAAGUUACCCUUGUAAAAGACUUGAUGAGUGUUUUAAUUAGAGGGAUUAAUCAUGAAUGUGAAAAAAGAUGUGGAGAUUUAUCAAGCAAAAGCUACAAAUUUUCAGUUAAUUAUCAAAUAUUGUCGUGGAUGAGCUUGAAGAAAAAUGCAUUUAAUGUGGCUUCGCAGCUGAUAAGGCUUGGACACUGUCAUUCGAAACUGAAAAAAUAUAAUGUAGGGGCAGCUGGGCUGAAAUGGUUUAAAAAAGCUUGCAAAAGCUUACAAACAAGGCGAGCAAUCGAUCCUGUGUGUGAAUCUUUAUUAUGUGAAAUGUGUAUAUACUUGCAGCUCCAUUAUGGCUUAUUAAAAGACGACAAUUUAGCCGAAAACCUUUUAUCCCACAGCUUGAAAAUGGCCCAAAUAAUCAAGCAUGACAAAAUCAGUGACCUUUUGCAAGCAAGAGUCGGAGCUUUGCUUCUCCACAGCUCAUUAAUUGCUGCAAUUGGCCCAGAUCCAGCUAAGCUUAAUUUGAGAAUUAACAACGUUUUAUUUACCAUGACAAACGCUACACUUCCUGAGCUUCAUAAUUUAGCUGUCUGGUCUUUACGUCAGCUUUACCUUAAAUGUAGCAACUCUCCUCCCCCAUUUGAUUUCCAAGACGCUUUCCUUAAAGCCAAAGCUGUAAAAAAUGUAGUCCCUAAGCUGGUAGAGCCACAUAGGCCUCUGCAAGAAAAUGCAAUGCUUUGUUUGUCAAGUUUAUUUGAAAAUGAAGCUAUGAAGCAAGAAUUUAUUGAACUUUCGGCGAUGCCACAAUUAAUGUUUCAAGGAACUCUUGCUUUUAGAGCAAUAAGUACCACAAAUAAACCUAAGGAUGAAGAUAUUAGCAUGCUGGCUGCAUUUGGAAGUGCUUUAGGCAAAUUAAUAAAAAAUCGAAAUGAUAUACAAGAAGUCCUUGAAAAAGAUCAGCUUUUUGAUUUUGUGCUAAAUGCGCUUGACAAAGGAUCUUCAAUGGAAAUGGAGCAUGCAGUUAAGCUAAACCAAUACUUUACAGAAGUCCUUCGAAAUUUAUUAGAAAACGAAAAUCUUCAUGAAAAAUUCUUGAAAACGGGCAGAUCGCCUCUGAACUCUUUAAGAGGACUUUUGCAUACUGGAGACUUGCCAAGCUAUGAGCAGCUUCUAGUCGACAAUAACGUUGCCCAUUGUUUCGCUAUUUUAGCAGAAAAUGAAAAAAAUGGCUUUGCAAGCAGUCCAAAAUUCCAAGAAUAUACAGCUUUUACAAACCAAUUGUGUGAAUUAUAUGGAAAAGGGGACUAUUUAAGCAAAACUGAAGUCGACACUCAUCAGAUUGUUUUAAAGACACUUAAAGAAUUAAUAAAAUUAAAGAUGAGCAAGCUGAGCCCUGCGAUAAGUGAUGAUGAAAGAGAAGAAUUUUUACAAGAACUUUCAAAUAUGGGAGGACUGGAACCGCUGCUUUUCUUUGAGUAUUCAAACGUGCCUGAUAUAAGAGAGAUGGCGACGGAAACGUUGGAGAUGUUGGCUCCUUCUUAA